ACGGCGACAGCAACUCCUCUCUCUUUUUAGUUCAUUCGUUAUGUCAGGAAAAUGUGAACAUCAAAAGUCAAACAUAGAAGGUGAUUGGGCUAAGCAAAGCAGAGAUUCGUCUCCAAUCACUGGCUUCGACUUUCCUGCUAAUUGCAGCAUCGAAAUUAAUGGGUUGAGCCUUGAGAGUCUGUUUGACAUAAACUUGGCGAUCCCAUGAAAAGCCCAGAACUUCGUUGCUGCUGUGGCUUCGCGGCAAGCUGUACUGUCAGUUUUGCUGUUGCUCUGUCAAUUGUACUGGCGAUAACCUCCACGCAUUGUGUAGAAGGAUUCGAGUCUGGGUUGCAGCUACCGCGAUCUGGGUUUCCCAAUGGAAGAGUUAAAUCGAAAAGGGUUCUCUUCAUUCAUGAUUUUGGUGCUGCUGGAGAUGGAUUUCAGAAUGAUACCCAGGCUCUGAAAGAUUGUUGGGAAGUAGCUUGUUCUUCACCAAAAAGACCCAGAAUCGUAGUCCCAGCUGGUACUUAUCUGGUGCACCCGAUUGUUCUCUCAGGCCCUUGUAAAUCCAAAAUCACAUUCUGUAUAUAUGGUACAAUUGUAGCACCCCAAGAUCCUGAUGCCUGGAGGGGAUUGAAUCGUCGAAGGUGGCUCUACUUCUCGAAGGUCAACCACCUCAGUGUAGAUGGAGGGGGAACAAUCAAUGGUAUGGGAGGGCAAUGGUGGGCUAACUCUUGCAAGACCAAUAAGACUAAUCCAUGCCGAACAGCUCCAACGGCACUUACCUUCCACAGGUGCAAGGAUUUGAAAGUCACAAACCUUAGAGUGGUCGACGGUCAGCAAAUGCACAUGACAAUAACCAAUUGUGUUCGAGUUUCGAUAUCCCAGAUUGCUGUGACGGCACCUGCUUCUAGUCCUAAUACUGAUGGGAUCCAUAUCAGUUCAUCCCGUGGCAUUAACGUCAUGAAUACCACCAUUGGAACAGGAGAUGACUGCAUCUCUAUAGUUGGUCACUCUUCAAGAAUCAAUAUCAAAGACAUUGCUUGUGGACCAGGGCACGGUAUAAGCAUCGGAAGCUUGGGGAAAUCGAACUCAACAGCAUCUGUGAAAAGUGUAUCGGUUGAUAGAGCAUUCUUGUCCAACACGCAGAAUGGUCUGCGGAUCAAAACAUGGCAGGGGGGCAAUGGUGAAGCCAGUGACAUCAACUUCCAGAACGUGCUCAUGGAAAACGUAUCGAACCCGAUUAUCAUCAACCAAUUCUAUUGCGAUUCGAAGAUACCGUGUGCAAACCAGACCAAGGGAGUGAAGGUGAAGAGCAUAUCCUUCAAGCACAUCAAAGGAACUUCGGCUACAAGUGAAGCCAUGAGAUUUAGUUGCAGCGAGUACACAUCGUGCGAGGGGUUAUAUUUAGAAGAUGUUCAUCUGGUGUUAAGCUCUGGUGAAGGAUUCGCAGAGAGUUUCUGUUGGGAAGCCUAUGGGACAAGUGGAGGUUCAGUGUUCCCACCGCCAUGCUUCUCAUCUGAUCAUAAACAGUUGUUCGUUAUUAAGCAGGAGGUUCCCAAUGAACAACAAUUUAUUGAUUCAAUGUAAAUUUCUGUAGAGGCUGAGGAAAUCACUGAAGCAGCCAAAAGGAGUGAUACUGAUUGCAAAGCUCUCUCUCUGAUCAUAAACAGUUGUUCGAUAAAAAAAAAUAAAAAAAAAGCUCUCUCUGAGGUUUUUAAGAAGGGCAGAUUGGCAGAAACAAGAGGUUCAUUCGUCUGUUUUGAAGUUUUUAAAAACCAAAAAAAAAGUGGACCCUUAUAUUUUAGGGGGAUUGAACCCUACGUGAAUCGAACACGCAACCUUCUGAUCUGGAGUCAGACGCGCUACCAUUGCGCCAAGGAUCCUGGUGGUGACAUAUUAGGAACUGAAAUAUAUUUAUUAAAAUAGUGAAGGAGACCACGAUAAGCCAAUGUGCACAUUUACUUUUUCCUGACAAUAAUUAUAUUUCAUAAAAAAAACCUUCUCAAUCACAAAAUUCAUAAGAAAAAAACUUAAACUGG